AUGUCUCUCAUGCUCUCCGAUAAUCUGGCUCCUCAGCCCGUGACCGACAUCUUCACCGAUGACACAAACAUUGACCGCCGAAAGUGCCACCGCACAGUUCCUAUGAAGGUUCUGGCUCUGGGCGUUGGUCGUACUGGAACUGCCUCUCUCCGCAAGGCCUUUGAACGCCUGGGUUAUGGCAAGUGCUACCACAUGAUGUGCGCAAGUGUUGAGAAUCCGCCAGAUUGCUUGAUGUGGCACGAUGCCCUGAACGCGAAAUACAACGGAAUCGGCGAGUUCGGCCGCAAGGAAUGGGACCAACUUCUGGGUGACUGCCAGGCCGUCUGUGACUGGCCUGCCUGUGCCUUUGCAAAGGAGCUGAUUGAGGCUUACCCCAAUGCCAAGGUCAUUCUGACCACCCGUGAUGUCGACCCAUGGCACGCUUCCGUUAUGAAGACCGUCUUCUGGCGCGUCUCAGACCCAGAGCACAAGUUCGUAUCGAACUUCAGCUGGGCCGCCGGCAUGUACUACCCCAUGCUGAACAAGUUCUUCGAGACAUUCUUCCGUGGUGACUUCCCCGGCAAGGGCAAGCAAGUCUACGAGGAUCACGUCGCUGAGUUCCUCGAGGAGGAGGUCCCCGACACCCCCUUCCCCCGUGGAAACGACAUGGCCGACUUCUACAAGCGCUGCAGCACCCGCAAUCGUCACCAGAUGAUGAACGCUGCCCUUCAGGCCGUCACUAUUGGUGGUUCGCUGCUUGCUGCUGGCUUCGCUGCCACGUUGGCUUUCAAGCGUUUCUCCCCUCGCUAA